AUGAUCCACGUCGCGGAGUUUUGUAAGGGCAUACAUAACAAACAUCCUGAGUCAUUUAUCAACUCAUAUAUAUUAUUGUGCAACAGUAUUGAUGUCAGCUUUGUUCAGAGUACAUAUAAAUGUUUAUUAUUAUAUGAAUACAAUCAAAUUAGACCAUCAUAUAAUGUAUCAGAAUUCAAUAAGCAGGUGAUGCUUGAUGAAUAAUUAGAUGAAUAAAUUUAGACCCUACAACAACUACAAGAAUGGAACUAAUAACAACUGAAGGUAAUAGCUAUUUAUCUUAAAAAUAUGAGAAAAAAAUUUAUAACUUAUUCAAUGUUUUAUUAAAUCACAAAUUCCAUAGAGUACGAAUAAUUGAUUAAGUAAUUUCAAAAGAUAGCAUUCGAUGUUUGACAAACUAAAAAUGUAUUAUGAAUAGGAAGGCAUAAACACGAGAAGCCAAAAAAAAUAACAUUUUUUUUUUGGAGGUCUUGAUUAUGAUUCUAUUAGAAAUCACUUUGAUAUUGGGAAGUCGGCAAUGUUUUUAUCAUCAUAGAGUAUUAUCUAUCGAUGAUUAUCAGAUCCAAACUAUUGAGAAGCUUGGUCAGAAACUUAUUCCCUUUGACAGCAAACAUUGUGCAUACCAUAUGUUCCUUUAUUGGAAGUCAGAUAGAGUUCUGCAUCUCCUCAAUUAGUUAAACAAACACCAAUUGUAAGAUAAAUUUGUGAUUAAUCAGGAACUCCAUAACUUCUUCGAAUAUCUUGGUAUUAUGUUUGCUUUAUUGGUCUUCUUUUCUGUAUAUCUUGAGCUUGCGAUAAUUACAUUUAUAAAUUAGAGCCAAACUUAUUGAUACCAAUACGUAAUUUAAUUUGCAAAGCAUGCUUGACUUUUUGUGUGAAAUAACAUGCCCUUGUUGGAUGCAUACUUUUGCUUUUGUAUUCCAUUAAGAUCCAUGAAAUUGCUGUUCUGUUUAUGUGUAUCCGCUCAGAUAAUU